AUGGCCGUGCGCGGCGCCAACACCUUGACGCCCUUCUCCAUCCAGGCGAUCCUCAACAAGAAAGAGGAGCGCGGCGGACUACCCGCGCCGGACGGGCGCCGGGUACCCGGGGGCACACCGGUAGCAGUGGCUGGGGCGCCUGCUGUCUGCUGCUGGCGGCUCUUUGGGGAGAACGACGCGGGCGCUCUGGGGGGCGCCGAGGACUCUCUGCUGGCGUCGCCUGCCGGGACCAGAAUGGCUGCGGGGCGGACCGCGGAGAGCCCGGGUGGCUGGGACUCGGACUCGGCGCUGAGCGAGGACAACGAGGGCGGGCGGCGCUGCGCUGACGCGCCUAGGGCCAGUCGCGCCGGCCGUGCGGGAGGGACCCUGGGCCUCAUCCAGCCGGUCUGCGAGCUGCCCGCCGCCAAGGACCUGGAGGAGGAAGCCGUGGGCCGGAGCGACAGCGAGAUGUCCGCCAGCGUCUCAGGCGACCGCAGCCCGAGGGCGGAGGACGACGGUGUUGGCCCGGAAGGCGCCCGCGUGCCCGCGCUGUGCAGCGGGGCGGGAGGCGGCAGCGGCGGCGGCGGGCCGGCGGGCGGCGCGGAGGAGGAGGAGGAGCCGGUGGCGCCGAAGCCGCGCAAGAAGCGCUCGCGGGCCGCCUUCUCCCACGCGCAGGUCUUCGAGCUGGAGCGCCGCUUCAACCACCAGCGCUACCUGUCUGGGCCCGAGCGCGCCGACCUGGCCGCGUCGCUGAAGCUCACUGAGACGCAGGUGAAGAUCUGGUUCCAGAACCGUCGCUACAAGACCAAGCGCCGGCAGAUGGCUGCCGACCUGCUGGCCUCCGCGCCCGCAGCCAAGAAGGUGGCGGUGAAGGUGCUGGUGCGCGACGACCAGAGACAGUACCUGCCCGGCGAGGUGCUGCGGCCGCCCUCGCUGCUGCCGCUGCAGCCCUCCUACUACUACCCUUACUAUUGCCUCCCGGGCUGGGCGCUUUCUACGUGCGCAGCCGCCGCGGGCACCCAGUGAGCCGGCCUGGGGCGAGGCAGCGAGUGAUCCCGGCUCCCCAGCUCCAGACGGCCGGCAGCUGACGGCUGUGCAGGUCGUGCUUUGUACAGGGGCGCCCACCCGAGGGGGCAAGUGGAGGAUCAAAUCCAGCCCUGGCUCUGCUAUCCGGGACGUGCGCCCUGGCGAUGGGACUGAGUCUGCCCGGAGGGGGCGCCUUUUUCCAAUUUGAACAGAGGCACCCAGUGGCCUAGGGGCUCUGCUCCCUCCCCGCAUCACCACCUGCCUGGAAGCCCUUAGACAUUAUUUAUUAUCGCGACAGCGUUGGAUUUGGAUUGUAUCUGCCUGGGGAUGGCGUUUCCCCGGAGUGGAGAGAACUCCUGGAGACCACAUAGCCUGAAUGCCCUGAAGUUCAGGCCCGCCGGGAGCUUCGUGCGCUAGGCCACACUAGU